AUGGCCUACCAACAAGAGAGGAGCUGUCGGAUGCUGAGUCUGACCACCCAGGCCCGGAGGCACCUCAUCCCUAGCCCCUCCCCAGUGGAUAUGAUGACUGACAGCGCUGCCUCCUCUCUGCUCCCGCUGAGAUGGGGCAUCCCUUAUGUGUAUGGAAGCACAGUGAUGCUGCAGCAGAUCUCCUCCCUGGAGGAUGGAGUCAAACUUGAGGAAGCAAUAGAAUGUUUCUGCCAGGACUCCCAGGAUGCAGUGGACCAACCAGAGAUCCUGACAUCCUGUGCCCUCACUGAGACCACUCAGGACCUGCUCUCUGAGCUCCACCAGACCUUUUGUUCUCUGGAGGAGCUGGGAAGUGCAGGGCCCAGUGGCCCAAGUACAGAGAGAGGCUCUACCCUGGAGGGGGAACUGGACAGUGGGGGCUCUGGGAGGAAUAUCCGGCCCUUCUCUCUCCAGGACUCCUCUCUGCUCCUCCCCCGUCGGAGGUCCGUACGCUCCAGACAGCUACAGGUCCCUGGAGUCCCUCUGUCCCGCAGGAACGACUCCAGCCGCAAUCCCCCAGCUCAGCACCUCCUCAGCCCCAGAGACAGGUUACCUGGAGGGGAGAAGGCCUUGCACAAGGAGGAGGCAGCAUGCUUCAGAUGCACCCCAGAGAAUAGGCUGGGUCACUGUAAGCUGGGCAGCUGGUGGAAACAAGCCCUGGAGACCCAAGGGGCAUUCUCUGGCCUACUACCUGCCAUAGAGCAGGUAUCCACCAUCUCAAAGAAAAGAGGGUCUCUCUCGUUCCUGGGCGACCCUACUCCAACAGUCUGGUCAGCAUCCAGGAGUCUCCAUCCAAGCAGAGAGGAGACAAGCAGGAGGUCAAAUAUGUAUGUAGAGGUCAUCUCUAUGUGGUCACUGCGCUUACAUGGAGGGUGUCAGUAUGGAGGGAAAUAUGCUCCGGUUGGCCAAUGGAGGGCGUUGUUGUCCAAGCUUGGAGGUUUUUAUUUUGUCUCUGAUUUGAAUAAUCUCACACCUACCCCCCCACGAGCCCAUCCCAGCAUGUAACCAUUCCCCUUUCUCCUCCCUUGCCCCUGUCACAACCAACUCAUAUUUCCUCAUACAGAAUCAGUAGUGUCAUCUAAAGAUGGUGGAAUUAUAUUUUGGCUUACAUUUUUUAAAGAUGUUAUAUUUAAUUGGUAAUGAAUAGAGCUAAUGAACUUAUCUUACGUGAUUUAAAUACUGAAGUCAACCUCACCACUUUGAUGGUGCAGGUACUACAUUUUGUGUUACUCUGACAAAAGUUGCAGACUGCUUUCUUGGCUCUGUCUAAUCUCUUUGUCUAAUGCAUUGAGGGAGCUCACAGUUGAUGCGUUUGACCCCAUGACAUCAUGAUGUCAGCAGUGGAUGUACAGCAUGUGUACUGUAAUGUUGCUACACUGAUCAAAUUAGACAGUUGUUCAACUGAGAUUGAAUUAGGUAAAUGUUUAAUUGGGAUGUAAUGAUCUUACUGUUUGGUGGGAGUCAUGUGAACCAUAUGGAGCCUGGCAGGAUAAAUGUUUUUACAUAAAUGUAAUUCAUGAUGACAUAGACAAUGAUUAUACCUUUGGAAUAUUGACUGGUGAAUGGACUGUCUGUGUAAAUUGGUUGAUUGCUGAUAUUGUACAAUUCAAAAUUAGUACCCAUCAUAAAAGGGCAGGUAACCUAGUGGUUAGAGCUUUGGGCCAGUAACCGAAAGGUAGCUGGAUCGAAUCCUGAGCUGACAAGGUAAAAAUCUGUUGUUUUGUCCCUGAACAAGGCAAUUAACCUGCUGUUCCCCGGGAGACCGUCUUUGUAAAUAAGAAUUUGUUCUUAACUGACUUGCCUAGUUAAAUAAAGAUAAAAAAAAAAAAUCUGACUUCUAAUACGUUACCAAAAAAACUGCUUAGAUUGAUAUUAUAAAGAUAUUAUCACCUGGAUGUUUUAUUCCAUGUUGUACUCAAUGUUCCCUCUUUGUAUGGCCACAAAUCUGUAUUCCAGUCUGGUGUGGUGAGUUGAUCAUCUAUCUAGGCCCUGGCUCCACCUGUGGUAGACAGAGAGAACAAAAGUGUUUGAGGUUUGAUAAAUUGGCAGAUUGGGAGAUAUUGAUGACUAAUGUGAAAAUAUAAAUGUGUCUACACAAGUCAUACUAAGUAGCAUAUUAUCGAACCAUCUUCCGUUAAAACAGCAGCAGCUAUGGAUAAUCGGAGUGCACGAUGACCAUAAACAUGUGGUCCUUAAUGCAAAACAUACAUUCGGAAUAUUAAUGCCCUUUAUAACAUCAUGAUCAGAUUGGUUAUGCUGAAACGAGGUUGGGAUGUUCAUGAAUGGGAUGCUCAUCAACAAAUGAGUAAUCUAAAAGUACGUUUGUCAUUUAUUGUACAGAUCCAAAGACAUCACUGUAAGAUUUUAGCUUGUUGAUCAACUUGUGUGCAUCAUUAUGAAAACCUUGAUGUCUCUAUGGAGAGAGGCAGGCUGAACAAAGAUAGUUAUCUGUGUGGUGGUGACACAUGGAGGAGUUUUACAGGGAGAUGAAUGGCCUCUAUUAGAAACAUUUAAUCAGUGCCUGUCCUUGUGGUUUCAGUCACCCUCAACGCCCGAGGAAAGAUUAAUGGCCACAGGAUAUUUCAUCACCCCUCCAUUCCCCAACGCAGGAUAUUUAUUUUUAUUUCACCUUUAUUUAACCAGGUUGGCCAGUUGAGAACAAGUUCUCAUUUACAACUGCGACAUGGCCAAGAUAAAGCAAAGCAGUGCGACAAAAAUUAUGACACAGAGUUACACAUAAACAAAUGUACAGUCAAUAACACAAUAGAAAAAUCUAUGUACAGUGUGUGCAAAUGUAGAAGAGUAGGGAGGUAAGGCAAUAAAUAGGCCAUAGAGGCGAAAUAAUUACAAUUCAGCAUUAACACCGGAGUGAUAGAUGUACAGAUGAUGAUGUGCAAGUAGAGAUACUGGGGUGCAAAAGAGCAAGAAGAUAAAAAAAAAACAUAAUGGGGAUGAGGUAGUUAGGUGUGCUAUUUACAGAUUGGCUGUGUGCAGGUAAGCUGCUCUGACAGCUGUUAUGAGGGCCUGAUUGUGUCUGUUUGUUGUGGUUCUGUUGUUAGCAGAGAAAGUGGAGCCUGUGGGUCAGAGCGGUUCUGGGAAGUUGCCACACCCUGCUCCGCCCGCUGGUGGGGCAGGCCAACGGGGAGCCAGGGUGAAAAACAUCUAUACUGUAGAGUGACAAACAAUCAGUGUUUCUGUAAGAUCUAAAUUGUCCAAAUACUGUAUAGUGCUACUGUUGUUCUAAACUUCAAACCACUGUAAAUCUACAGACUGCAGACUGUUAUUAACAU